UAUUACUUUUGUUUCUUUUUAUAUGUAGAUCUACAAAUUAUUUCAAAUCUUUGUACUGGCAGUAUGAAUAAAAAGUGAAAAAGUAGUCCAACAUCGAGAGCAGCACAAAAGUUAUCCGAAUAAAUUUGUACUUGUAAAGAAAUUCUGUUAGCCAAUCAAAUUGAAGGAAAUGGUCCAAAAAAGAAACAAAUAUAAGUAACAGAACUAUUGGUUUAAUAAGACCUUGACAAAAAAAUCUUCCAAACUCUUGCGAGGUCAAAAUUGGAGUGGAAUCUACUCUGAAAACCUCUUGUCCAUUAUACAUCUGUUUACCCACAGAUGCAACACGAAAUUUUCCUCUCAUUAAUAACCAUAUAAAAGUGGUCUCUUAUUUUUCUUGAUAUAGCCUUUAGGGGAUGAUUUAGGGUGGAAAAAUUUGUCCGGCACCUGUUAGCUGACUCGUGUUUUUGCCCACAGUAGUCUAGAAGACUUUGACUCUCUCACAGUAAAUUUGUGUCUGGCAGCAGAAUGUUGUGAUCAUAGUUUCUGUGGCAACAAUGGCCUCUGACAGGGACGAGGUGAACCAUCGAUCAACCAGCAGGCCUAGUCGUCUCAGCCAGUAUAAACAAUACCCGGCAGCUAUAUGGGGUAGAGACGUGAACAGAUCAUACGGCAAACUGCGUGUUCUGAAUAAUUUAAAUAUUACUGUACCUAGGGGGAGUAUAUAUGGUCUGUUAGGACCUAGCGGAUGUGGUAAAACUACUUUGCUGCGAUGUGUGAUAGGCCGUUUACAUGUAGAUAGUGGCCAUGUGAUUGUGUUAGGUGAUAAACCAGGCGCCAGGGGUCAUAAGGUGCCAGGGAGCAUGGUGGGAUACAUGCCACAGGAGACAGCAUUAUUUACAGACCUAACCAUUGCUGAAACAUUGAAAUAUUUUGGUACUUUGCAUGGCAUGACAUCUGAACAGAUCAAAAACAGAACAGACUUUCUUGUGGAGUUUCUCACUCUGCCAGACAAAAGCAGGCUUAUCAGUCAACUCAGUGGAGGUCAGAUGAGGCGGGUAUCUUUCUCUGUUGCUCUCUUACAUGAACCUGAAUUACUUAUUCUAGAUGAGCCUACAGUUGGUGUUGACCCUUUACUUCGAGAGAGGAUUUGGGACCAUUUGGUAAACAUAACUAGUCAUACCCAGAAUCAAGUGACUAUUAUACUGACCACACAUUAUAUAGAGGAAGCCAGACAAGCUGACAAGGUUGGAUUCAUGAGGAAUGGUCGAAUUCUAGCUGAAGAAGAGCCCAUGAAAGCUAUAGAGAAAUACCAUAUGACAAGUUUAGAGAAUGUGUUUUUAAAGCUGUGUCAAGAAGAUAUAGAAGGAACGCCAGCAGAUCUUGCUCAACCUUCAAAACAGUUUUCAAAAGCCAGUGUUAAUGGUCAGACAGAAAACAGGAAUAGUGACAUUCAUACAGUUGUAACUGAUGAUGAUGAUGUGCCGUUGUUAGAUUCGGACAGUAUCAUGCCACCUGUACACAAACACUCCAAGUGGUCUAUACCUAUAGGAAUGCCUAGCGGUAGAAAUAUUCUUGCUCAGUUUAUCAAGAAUCUCAGCAUCAUGAAAAGAAAGAUAGCGUUCCUGCUGUUCCAGUUCAUGUUACCACUCGUAGAAAUAGUGUUAUUCUGUGUGUGUAUAGGGAAUGAUCCAUUUGGACUACACAUUGCUGUCAUCAACAAAGACAAGGGAAUUUUAGGGGUCAACAUGGGAAAGGCUUUCCUCAAUUCUAUAGACAACAAUACUAUUAUUCAGGAUGAUUAUACGUCUAAAGGUUAUGAUGCAGCAUAUAAAGCUGUACAGAAGGCAAAGGCGUGGGGGCUUAUCAGUAUUGGAGACAAUUUUACAACAGAUCUCAUGCUCAGGUUUCAGGGAGGUAACUUGUCAGACUCAGUUAUAGAUGGAAGUUCUAUAAAGCUUCAAUUGGAUUCUACAAAUGAACAAGUAGCUGUAGUUCUGAUGAAAAAGAUUACAGAUGCUUUCGAGUUGUUUGCCAGUGAUAUGCUGAAAACCAUGAAAAUAAAUCCUAAAUUAGCCAGUUUACCUAUUGAGAUGAUGAAACCAGUGUAUGGUAAUUUAGAUGCAACAUUCACAGAAUUUAUGGCCCCUGGUGUUAUAAUAUCAAUAACAUUUUUCCUGGCCACUGGAUUGACCACUUUAGUUUUCAUCAUGGAUAAAAAGCUAGGAAUGUUAGACAGGUGCCUGGCUUCAGGUAUGGUCACAUUUGAGAUUAUGCUGGCACACAUGAUUACACAAAUGUUGAUUGUUAUAGUUCAAGUUGCUGUCUUACUUACAUUUGCCCUUCUUGUGUUCAAGGUACCAUGUUUAGGCCCAUUGAUUUGGGUGAUACUGCUAGUUCUCAUUCAGGGCUUUCUAGGAAUGGCAUUAGGUGUACUAUACUCUGCGGUAUGUAGUGAUGAAAACUCAGCUAUACAGCUUGCACUGGGCUCAUACUUUCCCUUACUUCUCAUUAGUGGUAUUUUAUGGCCUAUAGAAGCAAUGCCAGUCUGGCUGAGAUAUAUUGGGUAUGCCUCUCCUAUGACUUUUGCCUGUGAAGCAAUGAGAUGUAUACUUGCAAGAGGAUUGGAUAUAGCAUAUUUUGCUGUAUGGCGAGGGUAUUUGGUCUCAGCAGGUUGGUGUGUGGCAAUUGUCAUUCUUGGAGGUUUGAUACUACGUAUCAGUGAGUAAGAUACUACGUAUCAAAGAGUAGAAUACAACAUACCAAGGAGUGAAAAUCUAGGACAUAAUUGUUUUAAGCUGUGAUAGGGAAAACUUAUGAGAUUGUACAGAAAUUUUAAUUUGUUGAACUUUAUAGUUUAGCCAGGUCACUCUUUUUUGGACAUAUUGUGAAAGUAACCAUACAUAUCACAGGAUGACACUAAAUACAACACCCCUCGCUCGAAAAAAAUUAGAUAUGAGCUGCGCCUUGAGAAAACCAACAUAGUGGCUUUGCGACCAGCAUGGAUCCGACCAGCCUGCGCAUCCGCGCAGUCUAGUCAGGAUCCAUGCUGUUCGCUAAUGGUUUCUCAAAUCGCAAUAGGCUUUGAAAGCGAACAGCAUGGAUUCUGACCAGACUGCAUGGAUGCGCAGGCUGGUCUGGAUCCAUGCUGGUUGCAAAGCCACUAUGUUGGUUUUCUCAUGGCAGGGCUCAUAUAUACAAAUUGUCUCCAGUGCAAAGAAGUUGUAUCCGCUUGUUUAGCAAUAAGCAGAAGCCGAGGGCUCAUCCUCAGGUGACAAAAUGUGACUUUUUAAUGUGAUACAUGUCUGUGUGAAACAAUUUUUAAAAAAUUAAUGAAACAGAAGAUAAUUUAUGUUUUUAAUGGGAGAUAACUCCUUGAAAUCAUACUAUUCUUCAGGUUGACAAGAUAUACAGUCAAACCUGUGUUUUAUGCCACCUGUGAUCAAAGACCACCUAACUCUAUAGACCACUAAUUACACAUUUUCAGUUCAUUUUAACCUGUGUAUGAAAAUCUCCUUCUUUUGGCUUUUCAAAGUUGGACUUUGCAUACAGGUUAAAUGUGACUAGAGAAUCACAACAUAUAUUUCAUAUUAACUGUUGUAUAUAGUAGAUACAUAUGAUACUAACUUGUAAUUUAUUUUCUAACAUCAAUUGUUUAUGUAAAAUGCCACGUUUGAACAAGGGACACUUACAGAUAUUACUUUGUAAUAUAUACAUGUAAAUGGUAAUAGAGAGGUCAUGAGUUUGUUUUAUUGGGGAGGCAAAUGUUGAACAUUUAGCCUGCGGGCAACGAUUGGUUUUGCCGUUGCGACCAGUGCAGACCAAGAUCAGCCUGCACAUCCGUGCAGUCUGAUCAUGGUCUUCACUGUUCGCUAUUCAGUCAGUAAAUUUUCAGUGAACAUCCCUUUGAAUAAUAAGUGAUAUUGCCCAAAUUGAAUGAUGGACCAGUCCAUUUUAGAAAUUUAGCAGGGUAAUGUUUAAUUUGCUAGUUUGACAGAAGGUGAUGUAUGAUAUUAGUCAUCUUCUACUACAGGCGAUUACAGAGAACAGUACUGUUACAGAUUUUCACUUUUACCCUGUUUCUAAAAUGGACUGGUCCAUCAUUCAGUUUGGGCAGUACCACUUAUUAUUUGAAGGUGUGUUCACUGAAAAUUUACUGACUGAAUAGUAAACAGUCCUUACCAUGAUCAGCCAGCAUGGACAUGCAAGGUUGAUUUUGGUCUGCACUUGGUUGCAAAGGCAAAAUCACUUGCCACCAGUAGGCUAAAGGUUAAAAAAAAACAGGUUCCGUUAAUUGAUACUCAUACCUUACUUGAAAACUAUUCAAGAAUGGUUUUAAAACCCAUAUAGACAAUCCAGAUGAAAGUUACUACUGAGGAUGCUUGUAACUGAGAAAAAAUACAUUGAUCCAUCUUGUUCGUUACAAUGUUUUUCUUUGAUUUUAGUUUGUUUAUUAGACAUUAUCAUUGAUGUUACAUAUCAUUUUAAAGAACUCUGAGGCUGCUAAUAGAAACUUUUUCAGUUGUUAAGAAAUAUCUUGAUUAGUUUUGAAAUUUAUUGUCAAAAUUUUUAUGGGUUAUUUUCUUUUUUGACUUUCAGCCUUUGUUACCAAAAAAUGCAAUUUUGACCUUAUUUAUUAAGAAACUGAAUGAAUUUUUAGCUCGACUAUUCAAAGAAUAGUGAGCUAUUGGACUCACCCAUGCGUCGGCGUCCGCGUCCGCGUCCGCGUCCGCGUCCCGAUUUGGUUAAGGUUUUGUAUGUAAGCUGGUAUCUCAGUAACCACUUGUGGGAAUGGAUUGAAACUUCACACACUUAUUCACAGUGAUAAACUGACCUACACUGCACAGGUUCCAUAACUCUAUUUUGCUUUUUUACAAAAUUAUGCCCCUUUUUCGACUUAGAAAUUCUUGGUUAAGGUUUUGUAUGUAAGCUGGUAUCUCAGUAACCACUCGUGGGAAUGGAUUGAAACUUCAUACACUUAUUCACUGUGAUAAACUGACCUACAUUGCACAGGUUCCAUAACUUUGUUUUUCCUUUUUACAAAAUUAUGCCCCUUUUGCGACUUAGAAAUUCUUGGUUAAGGUUUUGUAUGUAAGCUGGUAUCUCAGUACCCACAAAUGGGAAUGGAUUGAAACUUCACACACUUGUUCACUGUCAUAAUUUGACAUGCAAUGUGCAGGUCCCAUAACUCUACUUUGCAUUUUUUCAAAAUUAUGCCCCUUUUUCUGACUUAGCAGUUUUUGGUUAAGUUUUUGUAUGUAAGCUGGUAUCCCAGUAUCCACUAAUGGGAAUGGAUUGAAACUUUUCACACUUGUUAACUGUCAUGAGCUGAUAAGCACUGUGAAGGUUCCUUAACUCUUUUUCCCAUUUUUACAAAAUUAUGCCCCUUUUUCGACUUUUAUAUUCAUUCAAUUGGCAAGGCUGUUGAAUAGUCGAGCGUUGCUGUCCUCCGACAGCUCUUGUUUAUGCCUCAAGUUUAUUGAAUUCAGAUGGACCUUAAAAUCAUUGUUUACUAAUGUGAGAAUCCUACUGUGUUAGUGGUCCAGUUGAUAUUAUAUUUGACUUUUAGCCUUUUGUUUACUAUUGUUUUUACACAUUUAUUGUUAAUGAUAAUUAUAUGAAUGCAGUUCUGAUUUUGAAGAAUUAUAUAUUUAAUAUUUAAUUGGUUAACUAAUAAAUAUGUUGAGUA